AGGGCCUCUUACCUCUGCUGAGUUCUAUUUCUCCCAGAAUUCUUCGGAUCUUUCCAAACUAAAAAUGGGGGGGCACUCUUGCUGCUAUAAGCAGAAGCUUCGGAAGGGUCUAUGGUCCCCUGAGGAGGAUGAAAAACUUUUGAGACAUAUUAAUAAGCAUGGCCAUGGCUGUUGGAGCUCUGUUCCUAAGCAAGCCGGCCUGCAGAGGUGUGGUAAGAGCUGUAGGCUGAGGUGGAUCAAUUACCUGAGGCCUGAUUUGAAGAGGGGAACGUUCUCACAGGAAGAAGAAAACCUUAUAAUUGAACUUCACGCAGUAUUGGGAAAUAGAUGGUCUCAAAUUGCGGCGCAAUUGCCCGGAAGAACUGACAAUGAAAUAAAGAAUCUGUGGAAUUCUUGCUUGAAGAAGAAACUGAGGCAAAGAGGCAUCGACCCUGUUACCCACAAACUACUCUCUGAGGUUCAGAAUGGAGACGACAAAGAGAAGGAGCUCAAUGAAUUGAAAGUCCUCAAAUCAGAGAGCCCAAGUUCAGAUGCCACAAAAGCAUAUACACCCACUAUGGAAGGGUGUUCCAGUUUCAAGUAUAACAAUAGCACAAGUAACACCAAUUUGCCAACCAACUGUAGCAGCAAAGAAUUGCUUCCAGGUGGGUUUAAUACGAGCCACACCACUUCAGGACUGAUGGGAAAUUUCCCACUUCAGAUGAAUUAUGCAUCCACUGGUGAUACCUUCUUUGCCAAUUCAAACCCUUCUUCCCAAUGGUUCACCCAAACAGGAAGACCAACAUUCAAUAUGAACCCUGAAUUUGCCUCCAAUUCCAUGUCCACCGUUCUUGCGCCUCCACCCACUUCAUUUCUUGGUGUUCCCUGCGAUGAUGUUUGUGCAGCCUCUUGCGCUGAGAAUGCAUCGCAAUCUCAUUUCUGGGGAUUGACAGAUUCCGAAAAAGAGACCCAAAUUCAAGUGCUGCAAAGCCAAACAGAGGAAGCCAAGUGGGGGGAUUACGUCCAAAACCCAAUCUUGAUGGUGCCCGUGACUCAUCUGGUGUCUGAUAAUUUGGGACUCAUGUUACCCCAUAGCAAGCCGCAAGAAGAACCCUCACAGACUUGUAAUAUGUUUUCCAAGGACAUCCAGAGGCUCACGGCUGCAUUUGGACAUAUAUAGUGACGCCGAUGAUUUUAGUAGUACAGUACAGGUGUGUGCAACAGAUUCUGAUAUUGUACAUACACACUUCUUUCACCCCUGACGCGAAUCAUUUGUCUUCAACCUUUUUAUCUUCUCAAUCCUCAGGUGUGGUGGGUAAAUU